AUGGUCCACUUUGGUCCACUUUAUCCUGAGUUUCAGUUUGGAGAUCGGCUCGAAAGACGCCUGGGUGUUCUCAUGUCCUACCUAGCGUGGUUAAUGUCACAAUAUCCCCGGAAGCCUAAAGGUUCAUUACUGAAGACCAUAUCGGGCUGGAGAGUCUCGCGGGAGGAUGCCUUGAUUCGGGAAGAGGUCCUUACGAUUUUGGGCGUUAUGAUACAGCGCUUGAACACAGAUGGGUUGGAGAAGCAUGUUGUUGCACCUGUAAUGUUACUGUCGUUCAUGGGCGAAUGCCACGGGAGAAUCUUCGUCGCAUAUCUUGAGGACGACAAGCUGGUGAUCCACAAGUCGAAAUUAUAUCGCUUCUACAGUUACGAUCAGGAGUCUUAUCUGUUGUUCUUGAGUUAUCUGGCCGGUGAAGAGGGUCCAGGAUAUACUACGACCCCGUUCUCCACGAGAGGCACCCAUACUUCUUAA